AUGACUCCAAGCAUAAUGCAGAAGCAGAAGAGAGUAACUGAUUUCUUCUCUUCCCCGCUACCGAAGAAAUCCUCACUGAGUCCACGAACGCCGAUAUUCGACUUGGAGUCCAAGCUGUCUACCAAGAAGAAACCGCGCAUUUCUAUUGAUGGGCACGACACGAAGCAAACUACUCUGGACGCUGGUCAGAAAACAAUAGGAGGACAAUAUUGCAAAGGGUGUGACAUGGUAUAUUCCAUUGAUAGUAUCGUUGAGGUGGAAAUGCAUAAUAAACACCAUAAUCGGUUAUUUGAUAUUGGUAGAGUGAAGGUAUCUUCAUCACAACUAAAUCUAUGGCUAAGAAAAGAACCCUACUAUAAGAGUUUUCAUGGUUUCAUUUUCCGAAUUCACCCGGACUCACAAUCCUCGCUGAAGCGUAAGGUGGAGCAAGUUGUUGAGGAAAUGGUUAAUCCAAGUGUAGGAUUCUCACCUGAUCUCUCACUUUGGGGCUGGGAUAAAAGGAGGACCGUGUGGGUGUGCAUUUCAACAGAGGUUGAGACCAUUGUUCAUAACUUCUGCUUUUUUAAUUAUUUUUAG